AUGUUUCAAGAAUGAAUGUAUAAAUUUUUAACAGUUUUUAUGUCUUUCACCAUGAUUUUAUGUUGCCUCUUUUUUCGAUAGAUCUUCAUUCGCAGGAACUCGCACUUGGUUUGCAGAAUGCUAGACUUUGGAAACUGAUCAAAACUACUUAGUUGAAAAAUAAUAUAAUUUUCGAAAUAAACAAAAUAUUUUAAAAAGAAAAAUGGAAUUAGCUCGUGAACCUUGUCCAUGGAGAGUAGUUGACGAUUGCGGAGGAGCUUUCGCAAUGGGAGCUAUAGCUGGAACCCUUUUUCAAAGUGUAAUCGGUUUUCGAAACUCUCCUUCUGGAAUGAAAAGAAGAUUAGUUGGGGGCCUCACAGCUGUCAAGAAGAGGGUACCUCAAGUUGCUGGUAAUUUUGCCGUUUGGGGUGGCCUCUUUUCUGCAAUUGAGUGCACACUCAUAUAUUGUCGAUCAAAAGAGGAUCCAUGGAAUUCAAUAAUGAGUGGUGCCCUUACAGGCGGAGUCUUAGCUGCAAGAACAGGAAUUCCAUCGAUGUUGGGAAGUGCUACUGUAGGUGGAGUUCUUCUAGCCUUGAUAGAAGGAUUUGGCAUAAUGGUCACACGUAUCCAAGCUGAGAAUUUUGCCCAACACAAUUCAAUGUAUGACAACAGUAUUCAAAACUUGACCGGAAGCCAGCCUGAAAAAAGAAUAGCCUUUUUUGGUUCAAGCCCAAUCCCAGAAGGACCUUCCGGAAGACAGACAAAUGCCCCAGAGGAAGUCAAAAGAAUAGGCAAGGCUUGGUAAAAUUCUCUCUCGUGAUUUAAAAGAAGUUUUUGAUGAUAAAUAUAUUUUGUGAAAGUGCCAGUGGUUUU